AUUGUCUUCAUCAUAGAAAGAACCAUCAAUAUCAGAUGACUUUUCCAGAGUCAUAAUAUAUUUUUCCUACAGAAUAGUACUCCAAUUCUAUUUGAUGUCCUCGAAAAUGAUCAUUUGCAAUUUUGAACUAUUGAUAUUACAGGCUAAAAGGUGAAAGCUGAUUGAAUUUGAGGAUGAUCAUCAGUAGAAGAAAGGAAUGAAAUGUUUCCGUAAUUGAAAAUUUGUCCCUUCUUUUCAUUGAUAAAAAAAAUAAGGUAUGAAGACUUUCUGGAUUAGAUAUGGAUAUUCUUUUUAGGGAAGAAUAAUUAUUUUCAAACGCCCCGGCCCGGUGCUUGGCUGAGAAGUCGCUAUAAAUGACACCUCCUCUGUGCUUCAUUUAUCAACUUUCAUUUUCCCUUUCAACUUUUCGCUUAAACCCACAAGCACAAAGGAGAGACAAAGCGUGGAGAGAGCAACAGAUACUCCAUUAAUGGCUGCCAAACUCUAUAUCGUUUACUAUUCAAUGUAUGGACAUGUUGAAAAGCUUGCUCAAGAGAUAAAGAAAGGAGCUGAAUCUGUGGAAGGGGUAGAAGUGAAACUAUGGCAGGUACCUGAAACACUCCCUGAGGAUGUUCUUGGGCUGAUGGGGGCACCACCUAAGAGUGAUGUACCAGUUAUUAAACCAAAUGAACUUUCUGAGGCCGACGGGUUUAUCUUUGGUUUCCCCACUAGAUUUGGAAUGAUGGCUGGUCAAUUUAAAGCAUUCUUGGAUGCAACUGGAGCGCUAUGGAGAACACAGCAGCUUGCAGGCAAGCCUGCAGGCCUUUUCUAUAGCACUGGGUCUCAAGGAGGUGGACAAGAGACUACUCCUUUGACAGCCAUCACCCAGCUUGUUCACCAUGGCAUGAUCUUUGUUCCAAUUGGAUAUACAUUUGGAGCUGGCAUGUUUGAGAUAGAGCAGGUGAAGGGUGGUUCCCCCUAUGGUGCAGGAACUUACGCUGGGGACGGCUCAAGACAGCCUUCUGAGAUAGAGUUGGCGCAAGCUUUUCACCAGGGGAUGUACAUUGCUGGCAUCACCAAGAAGCUCAAAGGAACUGCAUGAUUUUGUCUCACCAUUCAACUACACCUUCGUCUACCAUACUGCAUGUAUUUUGUUUUAGUGUUUCAGUCCCCAAACUUUCAUUUUCUCGCAAUAAUAAUAUGCACUUUGGCGUGUUAAAAUGAAUACAUCUCCAAUGUAGAACUCACCAAGUUUCUACAAUACAGUGGCUUCUAUUAAUGAUAAAGUUUGCAUACUCUUAUGUCUA